AUGUCUAUGAUGCCGACUCCGACAGCCCUCAACUUGCAAAGCACAGUUAACUGGAUGCACAACAACAAGCCUGUUGUGAGGCCCGAAGCCGGCGUAUUUGAUGACACGGAUGAUCUGGUUGCUUUGGAGAUGAACGAGGACCGUGGCCCCUGUGAUGAGACGGUUGAGUGGCUGCUCCAAAAGUGCCUCCCUUCGAAGCUCACAAAUCUGGUCUUCGCCUCAAAGUCUACACGCAACCAUAGUAGAGACACCUACACUCACCUCGACUCUCCUACCCGUGUGGAACAGUUCUCGCGUCUCAUCACUACGCUAGCCGUUGUGAUCUUGCUGUUCUUGCCCAUGAUACUCUUGUACAAUCUCCAGACCGACCGUUCGCGUUUUCUCUGUAUCCUCUUUUCCGUCAUGAUGUUUACGUCUGUGUUGGCGAUCUUCACCAAGGCGCGGAAGGCAGAAAUCUUUGCGGCUGCUGCUGCGUAA